UUCCAUAUUCUGUUUUGUAUAGUAAAUGCAAUCACAAUCUCUCAUUCUCCCUGGUCCUCCAAUUUUCUCUUUUUCUUUUUUUUGUUACACCACAUAUAAUUUCAUUGCUAUCAGUUUAUACAGAAUGCAUAGAGUUUUACAAUAUAGAAAGUCUUUUGUUUCCACUGUUAAAUUCUGAUUAUCCGGUCUCAGUUUCUGUUUCCAUCUCCCUCUCUAUUAAUUCAUUUCCAUAUCUGAGAAUAACUGAAACUGUUUAACUGUGUGAGCUGAAAUUUGAUGUCUGUGCCAUUGGAACAAGGCUAUGUAGGGUUAUCAGAGGUUUCUGCAAUGGAAGGUUCUGACAAGUUUUCUCCGAGAACUAGUGGUGGCUUGAACCUCAAGGCUACUGAGCUGAGACUCGGUUUACCAGGUUCUGAGUCACCGGAGAGAGAUGGGGGUGGUGUGGAAGAAAAGAAUGGACACCCUUUAGGCAUGGUCAAGAAUUUGGUGUCUGGGGCCAAAAGGGGUUUCUCAGACACCAUUGAUGGGGGUUCUGGGAAGUGGCUUCUCUCUGGGAAUGGUGGAUCUGAGGUGGGUUUGGGAAAAGAGUGUGGCUUGUUCUCACCAAGGGGUAUUGGUGCUAGUGCUGCCAAGGCUGAGUCUGCCAACCAACAAAUUUCUGUUGUAAAAGAUAAAGUUCCUCUGCCUCCAAAACCAUUGAAUGAGAAGAAACCUCAGAUAUCUGCUCCUGCUGCAAAGGAACAGGUUGUGGGAUGGCCACCAAUCCGAUCUUUCAGGAAGAACUCAAUGGCAACUCAGCCUCAGAAGAAUGAUGAUGAUGCAGAAGCCAAGUCAGGGUGCCUUUAUGUGAAAGUUAGCAUGGAUGGUGCUCCAUACUUGAGGAAAGUGGAUCUCAAAAACUUUGGCACUUACAUGGAACUUUCUACAGCACUGGAAAAGAUGUUUAGUUGUUUUACAAUCAGUCAAUGUGGUUCUCAUGGAGUUUCUGGUCGAGAUAAGAUGAGUGAGAGUAGAUUGAUGGAUCUGCUUCAUGGUUCAGAAUAUGUUCUCACCUAUGAAGACAAGGAUGGUGAUUGGAUGCUAGUUGGUGAUGUUCCAUGGGAGAUGUUCACUGACUCAUGCAAGAGGUUGAGGAUAAUGAAAAGUUCUGAAGCAAUUGGACUAGCACCAAGAGCCAUGGAAAAAUGCAAAAGUCGCAACUAGAAGUAUGCUAUUGAUAGAGAAAAGAUGGAGAACUAAUUAUUACUUUUAAACACAUCAUAGAAGAGUCCUUAGGCAAGUGCAUGGCAGAAGCUGGGGAUUCUCUUGCUUGAAUAUGUAAAAUCCUACAUAUAGGAUCCAAGUAUCUUAGGCAAAAUAUGUUUGUUGUAGUCAUUUCUUAGGCUUGUUUACCCUCACUUCUCUUCAAGAACUGCAUUGUGAACUUCAUAAGACUGGAGCUGUCUUACUAAGUAAAUUUUGUAACUCAAGUAUCUAAACUUUAAUUUUGGUGAGCAUUUUGAAA